AUGGCAGACACUCCCCAGACGACGGCGGGCGCUGAUCCCAAGGAAGCUCGUGUCCUAAACCAACAUUUGGAUCCCGCAUACGCAUACACUGCAGAAUUCGAUCCGGAAACGCCGGGAACAGAAGAUGGUCUCCAAAGCUCCUCCAACUCUGUUCGUCAGGCCGAAUCGUCGCUACAACUGCAAGGAGGUGACAUACAUCGUGACCUGUACAAAAUUGCUGCACAGGGGCGACGAAAAAAGUUGCAUCAACGUGCAGCCACAUUCUCAGACACUCACCAAUUUGCACCCCGAUAUGCCGAAUCAGAGAUCGAUCAUGAUGAGCUUCCCAUCCAGGAUCAACUUGCACCCGGAGGAAUGAGGCGGCAGUUCCUCCAACGGCAGAGCAAACGUGUCAGCUAUAUUUCCGAGCCGGUCACUCGCAAUUUCAUCUCCUUUCUUGAGCUCUACGGUCAUUUCGCUGGUGAAGAUCUUGAGGAAACGGACGAUGAGAGCGCCGUCACAGAAGAUGAGGAAGAGCAGAGCGAGCGUAGACCAUUGCUUGGCCGACGACAGAGCUCCAAGAGACUUAGAUCCCAGGGUGAUGCAAAUCAAGUAAAGACCUUCUUCACGCUCUUGAAGGCAUUCAUCGGCACUGGAAUCAUGUUUCUACCCAAAGCAUUCAAAAACGGUGGCAUGUUGUUCUCCUCCAUCACCAUGGUCACGGUUUCCGCUAUCACUGCCCUAUGUUUUGAGCUAUUGCUCUCUUGCAGAAAGCGCUAUGGAGGUGGAGGCUAUGGAGGUGGAGGCUAUGGAGACCUAGGUCAAAUUGUCGUGGGUCCCAAGUUCCGCGCUCUCAUCCUGGUCUCCAUCACGCUCUCCCAGAUCGGAUUCGUGUGCGCCGGUCUCAUCUUCACUGCAGACAAUCUGAAGUCCUUCUUCAACGCCGUCACGCAUGGAGGUCGUGAGCCGCUAUCAACUAACGCUCUUAUCGGUAUCCAGCUCAUCGUUCUCAUUCCGUUGGCCUUUAUACGAAACAUUUCUAAGCUGGGACCCGCGGCUCUUCUUGCAGAUGUCUUCAUCUUGAUCGGCUUGACAUACAUAUAUUGGUAUGACAUCUCCUCGAUGAUCAACAUGGGCGGCUUCCACCCUUCCAUCGAGCUGUUCAAUCCCCGCGACUUCACCAUGACGGUCGGCUCUGCCAUCUUCACAUUCGAGGGUAUCGGACUCAUCCUCCCGAUUCAGUCCAGCAUGAAACAGCCCGAGCAUUUCAGCAAACUCCUCUACAUCGUCAUGUUCCUAAUUACAGUCAUCUUUACCUCCGUCGGUGUGCUCUGUUAUGGCACGUUUGGCGAGCACGUCUCGGUCGAGGUCAUCAACAAUUUCCCGCAAUCCAGCAAACUCGUCAAUGCAGUACAAUUCCUCUACUCAUUGGCCGUCUUAGUCGGAACACCAGUUCAAUUAUUCCCAGCGAUGCGUACUAUCGAGCUCAAGAUCUUUGGCCGCGCAUCAGGCAAGCAGAGCAGCCUGACCAAGUGGAACAAGAACGCCUUUAGGACUGUCCUGGUGCUAGUAUGUGGUGGUAUCGCCGCAGUUGGAGCUAGUGACCUGGAUAAGUUCGUUGCGCUCAUUGGUAGCUUCGCCUGUGUUCCACUGGUGUACAUCUAUCCCGCAUACUUGCACUACAAGGGCGUUGCCGAGCGACCGUGGUCAAAGUUUGGAGAUAUUGCGAUGAUGCUCCUCGGUUUGGUCGCUAUGAUCUACACCACUAGCAUCACCAUCGCGAGGUGGGCAGAGACGUAA